ACCCUCGCCGUUUCUUCUCCAGUUCGCCGCCUCUCCGGUUCUCCCCCAUCUGCCGCCACCGCCGCCGCCUCCUUGCGCCACCGCCGCUUCAGAUGGCCGAGCCGCCGGAGCAGGCGUCAUCGGACCCCACCACUCCGCCGCAGGAAGACAACCAAAGCACCAAGACAAAUAGCAAGAAGAAUCGCGGCACGAAGAAAUCGAAGCGAGCCGGCGCCUCCUCGCUGUGCUCCAGCACCAUGGUUGAGGACCCGUUCUUCGUCCUCGCCGGCGGCAAGGAAGGAGGGUUCCUGGAGUUGGAGGAGAUUGACGAGGCGGACUUCGGGAUUGUUGGGGGAUACGUGGAGGAAGUGGGAGCAGAUGAGGGGAAGGCUGGCAAGGAUCGGGGGAAGAAGAAGAAGAAGAGGAAGCGGAAGCGUGGGGGUGAUGACCAGGUCUUGAGUGGCGAUGGCGAUUCUUUUUUGAAACAAUGCGAUGGCGAUUCAGUAGUUGAGAAUGAGCAGGAGGGGGAGAAAGAGAAGAAGAAUGCGAAGGGAAAGAGGGACAGGAAGAAGAGGAAGGUGAAGGAUAGUGAGAAGAGUGGGGAGAGCGGCAAGGACAUAGCUGAUGACGACAAUGCAGAAGACGUGCAAGAUAAAAAUGAGAACAUGGAACAAGAUAAGGAUGAUGAUCUUAUUUUGGGUGAGGAUGAUGUUUUUGCAUGGCACGAACUUAGGCUUCACCCUCUGCUUGUCAAGGCAAUGCGCAGGCUUGGAUUCAAAGAACCAACUCCUAUACAAAAGUCGUCCUUUCCUGCUGCAGCUCACCAAGGCAAGGAUGUUAUUGGUGCAGCCGAGACAGGUUCUGGAAAGACGCUUGCCUUUGGCCUCCCUAUUUUGCAACGUCUCCUUGAGGAGCGAGAAAAGGCCUCAAGAUUACACCAGGAAGACGAAAAAAUGGAGGAAAGUGCUGGGGAAAGCCCUCUUCGUGCUCUUAUUUUGACACCCACCAGGGAGCUUGCCCAACAGGUAUGCGAUCAUCUAAAAGAAGCAGCCAAGUUCUUAGGAAUUGGCGUCAUUCCUAUUGUUGGUGGUAUAUCCAUGGAAAAGCAAGAACGGCUUUUGAAAAACAAGCCUGAAAUUGUUGUUGGAACUCCCGGAAGAUUGUGGGAGCUCAUGUCGAUGAACAAUCAACACCUAGUUGAGCUGCAUUCAUUGUCAUUCUUCGUGUUGGAUGAGGCUGAUAGAAUGAUCGAACGAGGCCAUUUCCACGAAUUACAAUCUAUCAUUGAGAUGCUCCCGCUGACUAAUGGUUCUGAUGAACAAGCUGCAAGAACAAUGCCAAACUGUGAGACUGUGCCAAUCUUGCAAAUAAAGAAGAGGCAAACCUUUGUUUUCUCAGCCACACUUGCACUUUCAUCUAAUUUCCGGAAGAAGCUGAAGCGUGGCUUAUCUACUUCAAAGGCGUCGACUGAUGAUGUAAGCUCUAUUGAAGCCCUGUCGAAGAAGGCUGGAAUGAAACCAAAUGCAGAAAUAGUUGAUCUGACAAAGGCUUCAAUCUUGCCUGAGAAACUUGAAGAAUCUUUUAUUGAGUGCAGUGAAGAGGAUAAGGAUGCCUAUCUGUAUUAUAUACUGAGUGUUCAUGGGCAAGGUCGAGCAAUAAUUUUUUGUACAUCAAUCGCUGCAUUACGCCACAUUUCCUCCAUAUUGCGCAUUCUUGGUAUUAAUGCCUUGACAAACCAUGCUCAAAUGCAACAAAGGGCUCGCAUGAAGGCCGUGGAUCGUUUCCGUGGAAGUGAGAAUUCCAUUUUGGUCGCAACUGAUGGAUUUGCAAGGGGUAUGGAUUUUGAUGAUGUGCGAACAGUUAUCCAUUACCAGUUGCCACAUUCAACUGAUGUUUAUAUCCACAGAAGUGGAAGGACAGCACGCAAAUCAUUGGCUGGCUGCAGCAUUGCAUUAAUCUCUUCUGCUGACAAGUCGAAGUUUUACUCUCUUUGUAAGUCAUUGUCAAAGGAGAACCUCCAGCAAUUUCCUAUAGAUCAUGCUUACAUGCCUGCAGUAAUGAAUAGGCUCUCGCUUGCUCGGCAGAUUGACAAGAUUACACGCAAAAAUUCACAGGAAAAUGCUAACAAAUCCUGGCUUCAGAGGAAUGCUGAAUCCAUGGGAUUGAUAUUGGAGACCAGUGACAGUGAAGAAGAACGUGUAAAGGGCCACAAGCAACGAAAGGCAACUUCUGCACAUCUCCAAAAGCUUCAACAGGAAUUGAGUGAUCUUUUGCAACGCCCGUUGCAGCCUAAUACUUUUUCACGACGCUAUUUGGCUGGGGCUGGAAUUUCACCAUUACUUCAGAAGCAACUAGAAGAGUUGGCCAAGAGAAAAGUAAGCAACAAUAGAAGCAAGACUGAGAAUAAAGGGUCUCGAUUUGUUGUUAUUGGGCAGGAUCGUGUCGAACCCUUACAAGCACUUCAGAAUUCUGGGCAAGAGGUCUGUGUCAACUUAGACAAACAAAGAGAAAAGCGAAGACUUGCUCAGAACUGGAAGCAAAAGAAGCAUGAAGAAAAGAAACGUUCGCGGGAGCAGAAGAGAAAGGAGAAAAGAAAAGCUAAAGCGAUGGACUAAAUAACAGGUGAAAGAUGGGCCUGUUUGCGGGAAGGUUACCUUGCCCAACUGCUCCAUUCGUGGAAUUCCUUCAGAGCCUGCACGAAUUCCUUUUAGGAAUGCACUCACCAAUGUUUUAGCCACAUACAUUUGGUGUGCGGUGUGCCAAGUUAGCACUAGGCCUUAAGCAAGAUUGAGUAGGUGGGUUAAUAUGCUGUUUUGCGGCACAGGAUAAUGAAGUUAGCACGGGCACCGCGAGAUGAUCUCUGUAACAUGUGGAUGUUAUAUCACAUUUCGUAUUCAAAGCUGCUACAAAUUUAUACAUCUUUCGCCAUAUCUUUUCCCUGGUGGUA